AUUACAUAAUUUGCACACACAAUAUGCUUACAGGCUAGCAAAAUUUGUGCUUUCUUUAUCUUUCUCUUUCGUUUGUGGGGCAACUAAGCUCAUAACUUUAAGCAUCAAGGCUUUGCUUUUCUCAAACCAUCGGAGGAAAAAGAGGAGAAACAACAAGAAAUCGAAAAAUUAAAGGUGGGAAAAGCAAAACAAGAAAAAAUUAGAGAAAUUAAGAGAGGAAUCAGAGGAAGAAGGAGGGUUUUUUGCUUUUUCUGGUUGAAGAAGAAGAGCGAGAAAGAGCCAGAAAAAGAAAUGUCUACUCCAACACAACCACAGAAGCAAUCUAGUGAGCAGCUUCAAACACUGAUGCAAGCUGGUCAAAUUUCAGGGAGUUUGAGUUUCAGUGGGUUAAUGUCGAAAGAAGAUGAAGAGAUGUCUAAAUCUGCUCUCUCAACAUUCAAGGCGAAAGAGGAAGAAAUAGAGAAGAAAAAACUGGAGGUUAAAGAAAGAGUUCAAGCUCAGUUGGGUCGUAUUGAAGAAGAAACCAAACGUUUGGCUUCUAUUCAAGAGGAACUCGAAUCACUAACAGAUCCAAUGAAGAAAGAGGUUUCAGUUGUUCGUAAGAAGAUUGACUCAGUCAACAAAGAGUUGAAGCCACUUGGACAAACCUGCCAAAAGAAGGAGCGAGAGUACAAGGAAGCGUUGGAUGCUUUCAAUGAAAAGAACAAGGAAAAAGUACAACUAAUAACGCGAUUAAUGGAGCAGCUGGUGAGCGAAAGUGAGAAGACAAGGAUGAAGAAGUUGGAUGAACUGAGCAAGAGCAUUGAAACCAUACAAUAAGUUAUGAUUUAAUUAAAAGAAAAUGAUGGGUGGGUUGGUUUGUUUGUAUGGGUGUGGUGUUUUGGUUUGAAUAGUUGUAUUUUGGGUGAUGUAGGGUUUGUAAAAACAGGUUUGUUUUGGGUUUUAUUGUCUUAAUUCUUUUUUCUUUUUUUUUUUUUUUUAUUUUUUUAUUUUCGUAUCAAGUAAAGUAAGCAAUCUUUUAUUUUAUGACAAUGAAGAU